AUGAAGGUUCUCUUCCUCCUCUUCACAAUCUGUUUCCUAGGCUCCGUGCUCACCGGCUCUCCUCCAGAAGACGUUGGAAAAGGGGAGAAAUUGGUUCAAUCUGUGUUGAAAGGAAUCGAAUUGAGAGAUAAGAAGAUGAUUGGCGACGUGUUUGAGGAUGAUUUCGUCUAUGAGGGAUGCAAGAAAAAGUAUAAUAAAGAAGAAUCCACCAAACUCGUCGGAUCGUUCAGUCACCAAAUGGCGAGCAUCAUGGAGAAAGGCACACAAAUCAUGUAUGUGGGCCCUCGGAAAUUCAUGACUCUCAUCUCAUCGAACUCAUUGAAAUCCGUGUUUGUGCUUUCCGAAAACUGGAAACUUCUUCAUGGAAAAACGAUUUCUUGUUAG